AGGAGGGCAAAGGUGUUGAAGUCACGCGCCCGGCACGCUACACCGGCCUCCACCCUGUAAGAUGCGGAAACCUGCCCAGUCCCUACUGUCCAGCGUUCUGUGAGAUUCCCAACUCAGGCUAUUAUCCAGCUACACUCCCAACUACUAUGGAUCUUUACGAUCCCAAUCGCUCCCGCCACCGCAAGCCCAUCUCCACCGAGCGCUUCCUUGGCGUUUCAACCCAUGCGCCGCUAUUUGAAAACCCUAGCUCCUCCGCAAGGACCAAUGGCGGUGACGAACUCAGUGAAGAUGUCGUUGUUUUCAUGAGCGAACACUGUACUGAACCUAAUCAUUCCUCCACCCCUUCAUCUUCCUCCGCCUCAUCCACCCCACGCAACCACUUUCAGCCCAACCACAGGGGUCUUGGCCCGCUCGACACGUUUGGCAUUCUCGCUGCUUUGCCUGAAAAUGAACCGUCCCCGAAUGCUCGAAACACCUCGCACCUAUUUCACAAGGCAUCUGUGUCUUCCACCUCCUCCUCGUCCUCCCGUUCGAUCCCUGCAAUUCCGAAGCCGCCGCAUGAACGUAUUCCAUCCUAUACUUCAUCAUCCUCUGGGAAGUACCCCCAGUCUGCGCCGGUGAACGUUCCGGUUAUGUCGCCAGCAAUGAUGAUGGCGAGGAGUAGACGCCGGGAAUUUGACGAUGACGAUGGUGACGAAGGCGAUGAGGGAGAGGAAAUGCUUCCCCCGCAUCAGAUUGUGGCAAGAAAUUCUGCGCAGUCGCCUAUGCUCGCUAGCUCGGUUCUUGAAGGAGCGGGGAGGACGUUGAAAGGGAGGGAUUUGCGCCAGGUUAGGAAUGCGGUUUGGCGGCAAACAGGUUUUCUUGAUUGAAGUAUUCGGGCACUCGUAAUUCUGGGGAUACAUUUUCUUUGAAUUUUCUUCGUUUGACUACACUUGACAUUUCCAGUCUAAAUUUGUUCUGAACUAGUGUAUUUUAGUGUCCAAUUGCCGCUCCAUUACAAGCAUGAAGCAGGACACUAUUUUAAAUUUUCUUUCUGGUGACUCUUUAGCCUCUAAAACUUGCUCUUCAAGAACUAGGCAUGGCGCAGCGUUGAGUCAAAAAAGAUUCGGUCAUUUAUGAGCUCAUUAAUGUUUUAUUUCCCUGAUUUUAAGAGGGUGAUUUUGUAUAUCCUGUCGUUUUCACUGGACACGUUCUGGUUCUGAUCAUUUGAACAAGAACAUACCUUUAUAAUGUGUUUUUCCAAAAUUAAA